AUGUUAAGAGCAGUUGGGCCUCUAUCGGCUGCGAGAUCUGGCCCGCUGAUCUUCGAGAACCAACUGCCCUACUAUGGUGGCCUGAGUGGCCAGCUGCUGCUGCUGCAGCCGCAGCAAGACGGCAGCAUACGCAGCAGCGUGUUGCAGCGCCAGCAGCAGCAGCCGCAGUUGCGCGGCAUUCCACUGGAUACGGACGACACCAUAUCCAUAUCAGCCGCCAGCUUCUCGGCUGUGGCCAACAGCCCGGACAGCCCGAUCUCGACCAGCGGUAGCAAUUUCAAUCGCAUUCAAGAGGCUGCCGCUCGUCUGGUUGCCAUACAGGAGCUGGCCAAGCGGAAGGGCGCAUUCAGCGAGGAGGACAACAAGAUCUAUGCCAACAGUCUGCUGGAGCUGGGCCAGGCGGCCACAGCCUUGGCGCUGCUGCAGCAGAACGGGCAGAUCAAGGACUUCAGCGUGCUGCUGCAGCCGGAGCUGUUCGGUGUACCACAGAAACAGCCGUCCAAUCUGGGCCUGGAGGCCAACAAUCCGGCGGAGCAGAAAAUUGAUGACCACAAGCACGACGAGGUGACCGAGCAGCAGCUGUCACCCGAAGACAUUCUGCCACCCAACGAUGAUCACUUCGAGGAUGUCAACGACAGCGUGGCCGUGUUGACGCCCAAAAAGGAUGCAGCCGUGGCCGAAGCCAAGCCCGUGGGUCUCUCCAUAGCCGGCGAGGGCGGCGUCGCCUCCUCCAAGCCCAAUGCGGUCGCGCUCUCCGGACGCAACGGCCUGGCGGUGGCCUCACCCAAAGCAACGGCCAUUGCUGGCGUAACGCCCGAGGAGGCAGCGGCAUUUAGCAUAACGCUGCCAUCACGCAACCAGCUCGUCAUCAAGACGCCCAAUUCCGCCAAUGGCGACGACUACGACUACAGCGACGUGCCGCUGGCUGUGUCCAGUUUUCCGCGCGUACGCGAGACGCCGCAACGGGCCGACGCUCUGGUGGACAAAUGGCGUGUCGCCAUUGCCGAGGAGUAUGCUGCCAGAUCCAAGCAGGCGCAGACGCAGCCAAAGCUGAUCAUACGAGCUGCGCCCAAGCGACGUCUGCACCACGAGUAG